AUGGCUCGAACUAAACAAACUGCGCGUAAGUCCACCGGCGGUAAGGCGCCGCGCAAGCAGCUGGCCACCAAGGCGGCCCGGAAGAGCGCGCCGGCCACGGGCGGCGUGAAGAAGCCGCACCGCUACCGGCCCGGCACGGUGGCCCUGCGCGAGAUCCGCCGCUACCAGAAGUCCACGGAGCUGCUGAUCCGCAAGCUGCCGUUCCAGCGGCUGGUGCGCGAGAUCGCGCAGGACUUCAAGACCGACCUGCGCUUCCAGAGCUCGGCCGUGAUGGCGCUGCAGGAGGCGUGCGAGGCCUACCUGGUGGGGCUCUUCGAGGACACCAACCUGUGUGCCAUCCACGCCAAGCGCGUCACCAUCAUGCCCAAGGAUAUCCAGCUUGCCCGUCGCAUCCGCGGGGAGAGGGCCACCUGGAAACAUUUACUUGGAGCUGGUGUAUUUGGUGACAGCCUUGGUACCCUCGGACACAGCGUGCUUGGCCAGCUCCCCGGGCAACAGAAGGCGUACGGCCGUCUGGAUCUCCCUGGAGGUGAUGGUCGAGCGUUUGUUGUAAUGCGCCAAGCGCGACGCCUCGCCCGCGAUACGCUCAAAGAUGUCAUUGACGAACGAGUUCAUGAUGCCCAUGGCCUUGGACGAGAUGCCAGUGUCCGGGUGCACCUGUUUCAGCACCUUGUACACCAGUGUUUGCAAUCCCUCAUUAUGGCUCGUACUAAGCAGACCGCUCGCAAGUCCACCGGCGGCAAGGCCCCGCGCAAGCAGCUGGCCACCAAGGCGGCCCGCAAGAGCGCGCCGGCCACGGGCGGCGUGAAGAAGCCGCACCGCUACCGGCCCGGCACGGUGGCCCUGCGCGAGAUCCGCCGCUACCAGAAGUCCACGGAGCUGCUGAUCCGCAAGCUGCCGUUCCAGCGGCUGGUGCGCGAGAUCGCGCAGGAUUUCAAGACCGACCUGCGCUUCCAGAGCUCGGCCGUGAUGGCGCUGCAGGAGGCGUGCGAGGCCUACCUGGUGGGGCUCUUCGAGGACACCAACCUGUGUGCCAUCCACGCCAAGCGCGUCACCAUCAUGCCCAAGGACAUCCAGCUUGCUCGCCGCAUCCGCGGGGAGAGGGCGUAA